AUAUGUAUGUACAAGUAUUUUUUACCUACACUUCGUUCCAUUUGAGUAAUUCAUUCAGAUGAAUCCCGCAAGCGUUGUAGUACUUUUCCUCAAAUUAGGAUUCAUUAAUUAUUGCUGCGGUGAACUCACACCUGAACUUAUCGAGAUUCGAGAACAAUACGACCCAUUAAGAGUCCUUCCUGAAAGUGAUUUGAUAGCAAUCAGUUAUGCCAAUGAAAAAGGCAGGAAUAUGAUAGCUGAAAUGGUUUUUGAACGAAGAAAAUUACUUCUACAGUCUACCGUCCGUCAAUUCACCUGCGCAGUUGGACGAGUGAAAAAUAUUAUUCAACAUUAUUACCAUGAAGAAGAUAUUAAGAAUUUGCCGAUAAACGAAAGUUAUACCGAUUUUCCGGAAUUCCACUACACACUGAUAUACCGGCAGGCGAGAAAAGAUAGCCGCACUAAAGAAACUUAUUUCAAAGAGAAUUGUGCGAAGUGGUACACAUACAUACAAGAUCAGUCAUACCGAAAGUCUAUUAGAAUUCGAAGUAAUCUGUUGAACUAUUAUAACCUGAAUCCGGCUAAAUAUGAUAAUAACAUUACUCUUUUGCACGUGACUUUCUGCGCUUCGAUGUCCAGAUGCGAACGUGUUUUCAACUUCAUCUCACUUGAGUUAUUGCCUCAAAUGGAUUUUGUAAAAGAUUAUUAUGGCAAAUCUGGAAAUGAAUUUUCUCAGUUCCUGUUUGAAAAUAUGAAAUUUUACUUUUUGGACGAAGAUGACUUAGGCUUUAUUCAUAUUUUAAUGAGAAGUGAAAAUGAUAAAAAUGAAUUAAAUGAAAAACAUCAAUUAACAUUCACUACGCGGCAAAACCCUUAUUUAGGAUCGCUCCUAGACCCCGAGUAUGCAAAACUUCAUUAUAAAGCUCAUAUAUAUGAAAAAAUUGAACAUGGUGAAGUUUUAAUCCCAUUAAGUAGUGCAUGUCUAGAAGAGAAUGUUGAAUCCACCAAAAAAGCAAUAUUUGUACCCUAACCUAGUAGUGUAAAUUGAAAGAAAUUGUGUGAUGCGUUGAAUUCGACUUGAAUUAUGAAUUCACUACUUAGCCAAGUAAAUAAUGUUUAUGAACACGGCCACUUAAAUCAAUCAAACUCAGAGCGGAAUUAGUAAACGUUUCCACGCCAGUACUUACCUAUUAAAUAUUUAGUACCUAACUACCUACUCAUUAAACAUUGAAGUGAUCAUUUUACCUACGACAAAAUAACAAAAAAUUAUCUACAAUUCACCAGGCCAGGACUCACUAAAUUUCAUUUCAUAGUCAAUUCAAGUACUGAAUAUUACUUUACUCAAGUAAAAAUAACUAAAAUAAGUACAGGAUUUCGUGUAGAUACAUACUAUAAACUAUAAAGUGUUCCUUUCAAAAAUUUUCAAAAUUAGUUUAGAGCUAUUAUAUUAUCAAAGUUGGUGUCGCUGGUCAGCAAAAUAGUCGGG